AUGGCCACUCAACAACCUCCGUUGAGGUUUACCUCACACCAUAAUCUGCUCUAUCGCCUCGUUCUCUCGACCCUCACCGGCCGUACCGUGCAUAUCUCACAAAUUCGUCCAAACUCGCCAACCAACCCAGGUUUAGCUCCUCAUGAGAUUUCUUUCCUCCGCCUCUUGGAGGCUGUCACCAACGGCUCUCAAAUGGAAAUAUCAUACACCGGUACAAUUGUUGUCUUCAAGCCCGGUCUGAUCACUGGUAGUGGCACAGGUGUUGGCGCUAGUGGAGGUGUCAUUACACACGAAUUGCCCUCGGGCUGCAACCGCGGCCUCAGCUACUACUUGAUUCCCCUCUGCCUCUUGGCUCCCUUCUCUAAAGCUCCCAUGAAGGUCCUCUUUACCGGUCCUGGUGUCAUCACUUCAUCUACUCCGACCGGCGAUAUGUCCGUCGACAGCGUCCGCACAGCCAUCCUCCCGCUUUAUAACCAAUUCGGCAUGUUCAACAAUGUCGAAAUCCGCAUUCUCCGACGCUCGAACCCGGGCCCCAACGGUCGUGGCGGUGGUGGUGAAGUGUCAUUCACCUUUGGUCAUCAGAUCCGUGUUCCGAAGACAUUACAUCUGAUGAACCCUGGUCGCAUAAAGCGCAUCCGUGGUGUCGCAUACUCCGUCGGUGUGUCAGCUUCGAAUAACGCCCGCAUGAUUGACGUUUGCCGUGGUGUUCUCAACCCGCUCAGUCCCGAUACCUACAUUUUCUCUGACGUCUCAUCUGCUCCUCUCAUAUCCGCCAACGACCGAAACAACCUUAAUGCCAAGAAGAAGAUUGGACUCGGCUUCGGUCUGUCCCUAGUCGCUGAGUCUUCGACUGGCUGUCUCUUCUCGGCUGAUGUCGCUUCCCCGCCAUCAGGUGGUGAGGCUCCUGAGGAUAUUGGUAGGAAGUGUGCGUACCAGCUGCUAGAGACUGUCUCCAAGGGCGGCUGUGUGGCACCUGCUGCUGCGACAACUAUGUUUACUCUCAUGACUAUGGGCUCCGAAGAUGUGGGCCGCUUGCAGGUGGGCAGGGAAGUGAUCGCUGAUCCUAAUGUGAUCCAGCUUGCGCGUGAUCUGUCGAAGUUCGGUGCACCUGGUUGGGGUAUUCGUGAUGCCUCCAGUGAGAAUGAUACCGGUGACGUGAUUAUUAGUGUAGUUGGACGUGGUAUUGGCAAUGUCGGCAGAAAGGUUGCUUAA